AUGAACCAUAAUGACCAUAAUAGUUUCUUUCAGUGUGACUGGGAGUCAGCGCCAUGUGGACAAGAUGACUUCAUCUACCUGGACACUGACAUGGGGAAAUGUUUCACAUAUAACGCUAAUGGUUCCCUGCUUGCUCGUAAUUCCGGACGUGCCCAUGGUCUGCGCCUCUUGCUUAAUGUCCAGGAAGAGGAAUAUAUUCGGAGUCAUGAUGGAUACCUUGGAACAGGGUUUAUGGUGGCUGUUCACGCUCCGGAGGUGAUCCCAAUCAUGUCUCAGAUGGGAAUGGCAGUAGGUCCCGGAUUCCAGCACUUCGUAGGUAUAGGAGUGAAGGAGGUGACAGCACAUGAAGGUGUAGCCGGCUGUGGCGACAGGCCUCUGAAGUAUAUCACUAGAAACUAUUCUCGGGAGGCGUGCAAAGAUGACUGCGAGUUGGAUUUCAUCAUCAGCAUAUGCAACUGCAAUGACUUUACAAACAAAAGCCUCGACAUUGCAGUUUGCACUCCUCAACAGUACCAGGAAUGUUUCCUACCAGCUAAAGCUAGAUAUCUGCAGAUAGACACUGGCUGUGAAGCUGGAUGUCCUGAGCCAUGCAGCUACACCAGGUUCACCACCCAACACUCCAGCACUCCACUAACCAGGAACUACAUUACUGCGUACACCAAGGCCAAGGGUAAGACUGAAGAGUACUGGAGGAGGAAUCUUGUCAUCCUGGAGAUGUAUCUGAGCUCUAUGACCUACGAACACAUUGAAAAACAGCUGGGGUAUGAGAUCCUGGACCUGUUCUGUGACAUCGGUGGAGCACUGGGUCUGCUGCUUGGUGCCAGCCUGCUGACAGUGUUAGAAGUGUUUGACUUCUUGUGUAUCACUGCCUUCACGGCGGUGUUUGAAAAGAACAAAAUUCAUAAGACUGACAGGGGAGACAACUCUAGAUAAACCGUUGUCAAUGAUGACACCAGGUGUUCUGAAAAGGUUAAGCUUGUCCUGCUCUACUGGCAGCACAUGACAUUCACGCAAUUUGCGUGAGUGAAUGAGCGCCCUUUGCCAAAGGCUGCACUACA